AGGUGUGGCUAAAGACAUGGCUGAAGCUUUGGAAGAGGAAAAUAGUAAAAUUGCAAGUAAUGGAAAGCCAGAGCAAGAAGUUUUAUCGUCAACAGUUAAAGACGUGCACACUCAGUUAAGAGAGCAGCUGUAUUCAGGUAUUCCGUUAGAUAAAGUUUGGUCGGUUCAUCUUAAAGAUGAAGACACUCUAAUCAAAUAUUCUAAAGCAAUGCAUUCACUUGCUGUUGGUCCGUGGAUGAAGCAUGGCGGAGGGAGGAUACAGUGGUGCCUUGAGGCCUGCAAAGAGUAUUUUCAAGAUGGUGGGGUCUUGGAAAAAGUCCUUAGAAAAGAUUUGAGACGUAAAGAGUUUGGAAACCCAACUCAAUUGGAGGAUUCGCUGCUACCUAAGAGUGAAGAAGAUUAUAGAACUAUUUUAGAAUCAUUUAGGGGGAGACGGCUAGAACUAUUAGAUGUAGGCAGCUGUUAUAACCCGUUUAGUGAAUAUAGGGAGCUGCUUGAUGUUACUGCUAUUGAUCUUGCACCUGCUGUUGAGAGUGUUUUACAGUGUGACUUUCUAAAUGUAAAAAUAUUAAGUAGGAGUAGAGACAAAGAGAAGGUUCCUAUGGUUCACAAAGAAGGAAAGAUCAUUCAGAGCCUUCUAGAAGAAAGUUUUGAUGUGGUCGUCUUUUCUCUAUUACUUUCAUACUUACCAUCAACUGAGCAGAGAAUGGAGUGUUGUAUAAGAGCUCAUUCUCUCUUAGCGUUGCAUGGGAUAUUACUUAUCGUAACUGCUGACAGCUCUCAUCAAAAUCGACACGUUGAUAUGAUGAAGUCCUGGCGAUCUGCUAUUGAGGGAAUUGGGUUUCAAAGAUGGAAGUAUGUGAAAGACGUUCAUCUUCAUUGCUUGGGAUUUAGGAAGACUGCAUUGACUCCUGCGUCUGGUUAUAGCUCAAUUCUUAAAGAAUGGCAUCGUAAUAUCACUAUACCUCAAGACAGAAUUAAAGAAUAAAAAGAAAUAUUUUUAUUAAUACCAUUCAUUAGUUGACACAAGUACAUGAGUGUUGACCACAUUAUGAAGCAACCCA